AUGGCGGAACAAUCGAGACACGCCAAGGAGUACACCCGAAGUUCGCACUCUACGCAGGAGGUAACUGAGGUAAAACUAAAAUACGGCUUGGUGCACGCUAUGCACGAUUCGCGCUCAAGAAAAGGCACAGUUUUUGUGCCAAAGCAAGGGACAAAAACAUACAAAGGCACAGAUUAGGCACACUUUAGGCACAGUUCAGGCACGUUUUAAAUAUUGCUAAGGCACAUUUUAGGCACAGUUUGGGCACGGUUUAGGCACAAAUAUUCAACGUUGGGCACUUUUUUGAAAAUCUUUGUAACCCGACUUGGAAAAAAGAAAAUACUUGGUACGAAUUACAAAAAUAAUUCAGAUGAAAGACGAUACAGUUAGAAGUAUAGGAAGUGUAAGUUUUGAGCCGCGGCUAAAGUCGGGAAAAUUAAAGUAUUCUUCGGCAGUCUGUGUUUACUCCGAGGAUAAAGUGGAAAUUCACACGCGAUAUAGAUCGUUUUCACUGUCAGGCAACCAAAAAAAUAAAUUGGAAACCGUCCAGUGGAAGAAGCCAAGAAAAUGAAAUGUUAUAAAAGACUAAUAUAUAAACAAUUUGUCCAAGUCUCAGGUCUUUGUGGGCCACAGUUUCUGAGUUAUUUGCCGAAACGUUUCACGCACCUUUGUAGAGCUUUGUAUGGAGACGCCAUAUUGGUGUACCGUUUUGGUGCACCAAUAUGGCCGCCGGAAAUCAACAAAAACAUCUGGAGUUCACUUUUUCUAUAAAAGCUCUUUUUUUUUUCACUCGAGAACUAGCAUACGUGCACAUAAACAUAUCUUCUAAUACUUAAAAUGGUUAUACUGCUGAAAAUCAAGAGGAGAGACUUUUUUCAACGAGACAGCAUUCCUAUUUUGGUGUCACGCACUGUGAAAACUCGGAAGUUCAAAUCGCUGUAUUAUCGAAAUGAAACAUGCUACGGGAACGGAAACUUGUACAAAGAUUUCCUUUUUGUUUAUCUUCAACAUGUUGUAAAUAAGAAAUCGUAAAACCUCGCUUUUUUGACUUUACAAUUUGAUGACGUCACUGUGAAAACCAUCUAUAUGGUCUGAACCUUUUCGAUUACCAUACAAUUUUAUAGAGCUUUCUUUCGUUUCUAAAAGACAUCAUGAAAGAAGGUCGAAGCCAUAAUAACAAAAUCAAAGCUAAAGAAGUAAGGCACAAAAAUAGCUGAUAAAAGUCGUAGAAAAAACUUUUUGCGAUCGCCGUAAAAUUGGCCUGAAUUUGCAUAAUAACAUGAAAAGUGGUAAUUUGAAACCUUCAUGCCAACGCGUGUUGUUUUUUAAUGCAAAAUGCAGCUUCUUUUUAAAAAUAUUUCUCUAACUAAAAAGGUAGAAUUUACACUUAGUGGCAAAAUAUUUCAAGCUGCUUGCAUGUUUGUUUUUGUUUUCUGGCUCUGUUAGCAAAUUAAGCUUUGAUCGUAUAAUUAAUAAUCGAUGAGACGUGCCAAUUUUGCUUCAAAACUCAUUGGCGUGCAAUCAAGUUUUUCGUUUUCAUUUUGUAAGUCAUAUCACGAGUAAAUUCUUUUUUUUUUUGAAAGCAAAUCUGCCCUCGUCAGAAAACAAAUAUUUCGUUCCAACUAAACGCUCCGUUGAAGGGGAGAAGAAACCCACCUGGAAAUUUUUUAACAUCAGUGAAAUUCUUGAAUCGAUGAAAUAAUAUAAACGUGUAAUUGAGCUGAGAACUUACCGUAAAAUUCCGAAAAUAAGCCCCGGGGCUUAUAUUUUUCAAAGGCCCUUUUUGAGGGGCUUAUUUCUUGAGGGGCUUAUAUUCGGAGGGGCUUAUCUACGGAGGGAAAUUUGCGUUUCAAAAUCGAAUGGGCUACCCUUUUAUUUGGGAGUAAAUUUACCGGUUUUUCUUUGUUUUACUUUGUAUUUGAGGGCAAUUUUCCAAGUACAAGCCCCCGGGGGGCUUAUAUUUGGAGGGGCGAUUUAACGGAGGGUUUUUUGCGUUACCGGUUUGGGGGGCUUAUAUUUGGAGGGGCUUAUUUUCGGAAUUUUACGGUAUUUUAAAUACGCUAACCUGUUUAAUUCCAGUUUGCUGUUUGUCGGGCCUUUCCCUGCUGUCUCUAACCGUAUUCUGAGUCAUGUUAUUUCUCAUUAGGGCAUAAAAAGGUCGUCAGACCGUGUUUCUAGACUUGAUAAAACAUUAAAACUGACAUAAUUGCCGUGCGCACUUUUCUUUCGCUGUGGAGCUCGAUAGGCUGGACACGAUUUUCCGAGUGACUCAAUAUUUUGGCACAACUUGUGCACAGAUUAGGCACAGUUUGGGCACAACUUAGGCACAAGUGAGGCACAGCUUAGGCACGUUUUUCAAAACUAAAAUGCAAACUUUAUGCACAUCUUCGGCACAUUUUAGGCACAAAAUCUUUGUGCCAAAGCACAUUCUAAAAUCCGAUUUUCGGUCCAACGCACGGUUUACGAAUUUUCACGUUAAAAAUGCUUUCUAACCUUAGAUAUUUGAUCUUAGCGUAAAAAUGGGUUUCCCGAAGUCUUAACCGUUAGUACAUAAGGAAGUUUUAACUUAUGAGCAUUCCAAAAAUUAUUAUUUCUCCUCUUAACAACAAAAGAAAGUCAAUCAAAAGCAACCUUUUAAAUUGACGUUCGCGCUGCACAGAGAUCGCAUGUAGACAGAACAUCUUUCUGAAAACGCCCUAAACUUUGUUGUCUUGCCAUUAUGUUAAUUACAGUCAUUUUUACUAAGGGUAGUACUCAUAAGUCACUGACCACUGUGGAGAAAUUUUUCCAAAGUACCAUUAACAGAAACAGAGAAAUCCCAAAAUAUGUGUGGUUAGACUGUAAAUGUUACACGAUCUGUUAAAAAAUGGUCCCAUUUUGAGCCAUAUUUUUCAUAUUUAAAUUUUAUGUCUUACAGCCAGAAAAGAAAUAUUCAAUGAAAAGCUGUUUAUAAACUUUAACUUCUUGCCAAAUGUCGAUACGAUCUGAGUUUUAAUAAGUUCAUAAGAGCCAAACGAUGUGAGAUUUUUAGCCGUGUACACCAGUAGCGUGCGCCAUGCCAUCCUUGGUUUUUUUACUGUCAACCAAGCAAAUGCUCAGUGCUUCAAUGAUUUUUUGAAUGACGUUGUUGCAAUAAAUGUUAGGAGAUAUCAGCUUCAAUCAAUCAAUCAAUCAAUCAAUCAAUCAUUUAUUUUAACACCUUGCGUCAAAGAGCUAAAAAACUCGUUCAAAAUACGAACGUGUAUAAAUAAAAUCUAUAAUAAUUACAACUAUAUAAUAUUAUUCAAUUUUAAAAACAACUCAAUAAAUAGAUACAUAUAAAAAACUUGGUAUUAAAAACAUAAAAUAUAAAAAGCUAAAACCGACUAAAAAGCCACAUACUAAAAACGUGACUAGGAAAACUAUAAUACUCGUUCUAAAAACAGUUGAAAGCUACAAUCAUGCACUGUAAGACACGUUCUAACAUGCUGCAGUCGUACAAUCUACUUCCGAAGUCAUUAGCAUCACUUGAAAGACGCAUUUGAGAAGGCAAACUGUUCCAUAACUUAGUUAAUGAAUAAGUGAAAGAAUUCUUCUUAAAUUUAAGAUUAAAGUUAGGUAAUUCCAAAUUCAAGCCCUCGCCUCUUAGCCGAUACGGUGUACGCCUGUAUUUAAAAAGGCUUCCAAUAUAAGUAGGUCCCGUACCAUUUAAGCAUUUAAAAAGAAGUAUUAACGCCUGGUGUAAGCGCCUGCAAUAUAAGGAUUUCAUGCUAGCUGUAGUGCGUAAUGAGCAGCUCGUCGUAUGACAUUGACUUGUUGUGCCCGAUUAAUGUUCUCAAAAUAUAACAGUUGCCAUCUUCGAGACGUUUGCGGUGACCCGUACCCAUGCCUACAAACAAAGGACUGCAGUAUUCGAGAUGAGGUAAAAUAAAUGCUUUAUAAAGUUUUAUCAUUGCAUCAUUAGGAAGAAAACGCCUUAUUCUUCCUCACUGCAGAGGCCUUCGCGUAGGCUUUCUUAGAUGGAACCGCCAGCCACUAUGAGUUUUUUUAGCGACUUUGACUCGACGGCCAUGGCUGUCUAUAGGACCUCUCUAUAUCCUUGCGUAUUUAUCAGUAAAAUGACGUUUUCAGUGUUUAACUCUUAAUUAUUUGUAAUAUUAACAUUAACAAAAACAUUUUUUCAUUAAAUUGCUAUUUCUAAAGCACCGGGUAAAAGAAUUACCAACUUAUUGAGAUGUUUAUUUCAUUAUACAUAACGUCUUUUUCUCUCUUCUCAAGGAUGAGCAGCAUUUAGUAAAGUAAAGUAAAGUAAAACCUUAUUUACACAGGGUAGCCCAUUCAGCUCUAAGGCAGGUCUCCAUAGGGGCCCUGUAUCUUAUCUGAAUGACAUUGGACUUACCAGCUUAGGACAAAAUAUCAAAGCAGCAAAGAGGCAUAAACAAUUGACGUAUAUCUGCAUGCAGCAUCUAGCUGUAAGAAAGUAUUAAUUAUGAUAUUGCGCACUUUGCCAGAAAUAUAUCUAUGAACACAGUCUUCAAGACAGGCGACCUGUCAUUACUUAUACAAAUGUUUAAAGAGACAACAACAAGAUUCAAGCACGUUUAUUGUUCCUUUUAUCAUCCAAAGACCUUUGCAUUUUGUGGCGUUUGUACAUUGUUGGUAUUGAACAAAGAUAUAUCAGAUGCGCCGAAUGAUAUUAGGCUUCAACAUUCCAUUAGAGGUAAUGCGGUGUUAUGAAAACGAUGCAUAUAGAUUAAAAAUGGUUCUCCCACUUCAUACCUGCUUUUAUCGCCAGUUGUUAAUGUUUAACCACUGUCUAAGAGAUUCUGAGAACAACAGUGGAGUUCUAUAUUAUGGGUGUCCUUGUACUAAGAAAAUCAGUUUUUUAUGCUUGUCAGUACCAGUUGUACCCUGCCAGCAGAGUCGCUUGGAUCCAAGAGACUCUGCUAGCAAGGUAUAGCAGUUGCUUCUCUAACGGGACAUUUUGAAAGGCACCUUUGCUCACUCUUAAACAGUCCGGAAACAACUUUUGUUAACUUCUUCAUUUUUCAACGGUUACAUUGCGCCAGUUCGGUGAUCUGGUCACGCCUGUGGUUAGUUUUUCCCUUGGACUGAACAAGCUUAUGCUACGAUUCGAAUCAAGAAUUUUGUUCUUUAUGCUUCAGUUUUUUGUGGCUGCUGUUACCAUUGCUCAAUGGACCAUGAUUCCUUUUUAUUUGUCUUUUGUUUUGUACAUCAAAAGUCGGUUAAAACUUCCGAAGAAGAGUCACUUUAGUCGUAGUGAAAUUCAUUAUCGGGAAUGAAAGCCUUGCGAGCCGACUCAACACUGAGGUUCGGUUUUUUGAACGAAAUCUCUUUCUUAGUGGGUUAGUUUAAAAAAAUAAGUGCCUUUCUAGUGUACUCCAUGUGUUUUCAUGAAACUGUUCACAAUAAAUGCGGGAGGUUAGGUAAAAGCGCUGGACAAAACGAAAAUGUCUUAGAACGCGGUUUUGUUACACUUUGUCUAAAAUCCGUUAACAUUAAAUGACCGGCCCUUAGACUGGAUCCUGAAACCGUGUCCUCGAGUGACGGGAAGUCAAAUAAAACCACAUACAAAGAACUCUCGUCAGGUUUAUUAAAAGUUAAGCAAGUAGCCAAAUUACAGGGGUACAGUGAUAUAUGUGGACAAAUUUUGUGGGUUCUUUUUCUUGUAUGAGAGUCUGCCAUUCAAAAGUGUUUGAAGAGAGCUCUUACAGUCCGGAAGAGUUUAGGUAAAUUUUAAAUCUUUCUAUCAAGAGAUUCCAAGUCUUCAUUUUAAUCGAAAGAAGUGUUUUGUUAGGAAGAAAGGAUUAAUUCUGUAUGUAUAGAAUCUUUCAAAACUGAAUUGUUUUAAUAAGUAAACAUCCAAUGUCGAACUUGGGCUACUUGCGUUCAUUUUGCCGGUGUAUAUACUAAGUCAAAUACCGAGUUAUUAUGAAGAAAAUAUUAUUCUAGAAUUUAUUCAAAAUUUAUAGUUAUGAGACUUUGUUCUCAUUUAAUUAUAAUUCUUAAAGAGAAAAAAAGCAACAUGUAUGGUUUGGAUAGAUGUAUUUUGAGAAAUACUUAUCAUCACCACCUGUCAUCACAUGAGUUUCUAAUUUAAUUGCUCCCUUCACCCUGCACUGCAGGCAAGUGUUCAGCAAUUCCUAGUACAUUAAGACAAAAUAAUUUUCCUUCAUGAUUAGCCGAACGAAAGUCUAACGAACCAUAAUUCCUAUACGUAAUGAUUGCUUACAAUAUAAGACAGGCACUUCAUUCAAACCUUCCUUCUCUGAUCCUUCGGACGUUAAAUUUCACCGUUUGAGCAGAGAGUACAGGGCAUGACUAUAGGGUCUGGAAGGGGUGAUCCGUGAACUGACCGUAAACAGAGCGUGAAUCGGGAAAACUCAUGAAAUACAGUCGUGAUUCGUGAAUUAUAUAUUCACUGUGACGCGUGAUCCUCUAACAUUGUAGUCUGUGAGUCGAGAUUUCUACCGAUAAAUCAGAUGUAAGUGUCGUGACGAGGGUUCGAAGUUAAACGAUGUAAAAGAAAAAAAAUUGUAAAGCUUCGAUUUUAUAGCAAUAAAAUUCAUUGCCAGUCAACUUUGUAGUGGUAAAACAAAAAGCAGACAAUCGGCCUGUAACGAUAAAAGGAAUCCUUUUUUGGUUACUGCUUCUCUUCAUAAUUCUUUCUUUUUUUGAACGAACUUAGUUUCAGCAGCACAAAAGUUUGACUUGGCUAGUCAGUAAAUGUUGUCAUUUAGCCAUUCAUCACAGAAUCACAGCGCUUCAAGGAGCUUGCUUCGCGAGUCGUACGAAGUAAUCCCAUCUACAAAGGGUGAAGCUCAAAUAAAGUAAACUUUUGACUCACUUAACUGUUCAAUUAACUGUUUUGUACACCAAAACAGGACUAAAAUGAUUUUCUUAGUUUAGUUCAGUGUUGUCAUUAUUUAUCUGAAGGGACUAGAACUAAAGCUGUAUCGAUACCCAAACGUCAUGCUUCUGCUAACACAAUGGACAUUUGUCCCUAAAACAGGCCGAAUCUUCAUCAUGGGUAUACGAAACCUUUAAGAAGAAAAAGUGCAGUCAUUAUAUUCCUUGUAAAGAGGAACCAAACCGGUGGGUAAUUAAUGAUAACAAACCAUACUUUGUAGAUUCUAUUGUUGUUUACAAGAAUGGCACAUGAGUCAGUUCGCUGGGGCAGAAAUUUAAUAGCCUUGUUGCCAAAGAGCAACAAAUGGACCAAGAAAACAGACUUUCAUGGGCUGCCUCAUUUAUGUAUCAGUGGAUUAUUCUGAAUUAGGAAUAACUCUUAGGAAUAGCCAAAUUCAGAAAAACAAUUGAUAUUAUGCAAUGAUUGAUAUAAAUAGUCCAUAUGACAUAGUAUUUUUUCCACCGAUUAAAAAGCUACAUACCAAAUAAAAAGAACUAUUGAUUAUACACGGUACGAUGUGAAGGUAGUACUGAAAAGGUUUGGCUUGAAUAACUGAGCCUCAAAGUUAGAACCGUGUGUAAUAAAUAGCUAUAAAUAAAUAGUACAUUCUGGAAUUACUUCUCAAAAGAUUUCAUUUCAAAGGUACCAUAGGAUUAUCACCAAUAUUCAUGUCCGUAAAUAUACUGAAAGAGAAUAGGUGAACCAUUUGACUUCUAAAUGUUAAAAACAAGUUAAGCAGGCUAAAAAAAGCUGAAACAUAAUCAGCAAAAAUUUGCAUUUCUAAUGAUAUCAUGAUUUAACGAUGAUCAUUUUUUUAUAUUUUUAGUUGCGGUUGUGGUCGUUCAAAGGCCUCCCAUGAUAGCACAAAAAAAGAUGGACCAACGAAUAGAAAACAUGAAUUAACAGAACCUGGACAGGCAAGUAGAACUGAGUUAAAUGUCGCCUAUAUGAGGCUACCAGUCUCCCUACUCCGCAGAGGUUUCCCAAGUAAAAAUAUAAACGUGCCGGGACGAUCUCUCUUUCCCCUUCCCAUCGUUCCUUACGCGCUUUUUUUUUUCCCUCUCCCCAGCCUCGCCGCAACACAAAGAGGACUAUGCGGAGGAGGGAGGGCCACGAGUUCAAUUUUAACAAUUUUUAGGGUCUACAGUAUUAGUUAUGAUGUGUUUCAUGGGUUGUUCUAACAAUCAAUCAGGAAACUAUCGCCGUCGAAUGGAACGCAGAAACAGAUGGACCGACGGAUGCUUUCGGCGAACUUGAAUUUACAGGAGCUGGACAAACAAGUAGAGCUAAGGUAAGGCUAGACUUAAUCUACAUCUACAUUUAUUAAGUUGAUAAAAUCUUAAAAGCUAAAAUAAUUAAUAUAUAUAUAUACAUAUAUGUACAUAUGCAUAAGUUGAAUAAAAGUAGAUAUGUCAAAUAACAAAAUAAAUAGAUGAUAAUUCAAAAUUAUCAUUUACUUCACUUAUUUCACGUGCUUUCCUAAAUUUAACUGAAAGUCAGAUAAUGACUUGCAAUUUACAAAGUCAGCGGGCAGUGAAUUCCACUCUGUUAUUGAUCUAGGAAAAAAGGAAAACUUGAAGGCGUCCUUAGAAACGUUUGGCAUUCCAUACUUAAAAGCAUGGCUGUUGCGUCUUGUUAAUUCCCUGUUUGGUAUUAAGUGUUCUUCUGUGUUUAUGUCUACUAGAUUAUGACUAAUUAAGUUUGUACAUUAAAGUCAGUCUGUUUUCCUUUCGUCUUGUUUCUAAUGUGUCCCAUUUCAGAUCAGAUAACAUGUCUGUCACGCUUGCUGUUUUGUUGAAGUUUUGAAGGCAGAAACGAGCAGCUUUUCUCUGAACUCUCUCCAAGGUUGAAAUAUCUUUUUUGUAGUGUGGGUCCCACGAGGCACUUGCGUACUCCAGUUUGGGUCGGACGAUGCUGGUAUAGGCCGUUUCACAUACUUUCCUGGGGCAGUUUCAGAGAUUUCUCUUGAUCAACCCCAAGGAUCGACUGGCCUUGCUUGAGAUAGAUGAGAUGUGUUCAGACCACUUUAAUUUACUGUUAGCAGUAAUUCCUAGGUACGAUGCAGAGUCUACCUGUUCGAGUUUAGACCCAAAGAAUAAAUAUGACCGUUGAGGAGGUCCUUGCUUAUUUGAAGUGCAGAUGAUGUUCCAUUUAGAAGGGUUAAAUUACAUCUGCCAAUCAUUUUGCCAGAUUUCUAGCUUGUUGAGAUCGUCUUGGAGAUUGUCGCAAUCUGAGUCUUCAACCACCACUCCGUACAAGAGAGUGUCAUCGGCAAACAGCUUAACUGUAGAAGUCAGACCGUUUGGCAGGUCAUUAAUGUAUGUUAGGAACAACAGCGGGCCUAGUACUGACCCUUGUGGUACACCAGAGGUCAACGGGGAAGAGGUAGAUGUUGCACCCUCUCAGUUGACAGUUUGGGCCCUCUUAGUGAGAAAGAAUUCCAUCCAGGACAAGAGGUUUCCAUGGAUACCGUACCUACCGUUUAGAAAAAUCCAACACAGCAGCAUGAUCAGAUUUGUUUUGUUGUAGAGAACUUGCAAUGCCAUGAAUAUCAAUUAUUAAUUGAAGUUCUGUAGGUCUUUUUGAUCUGAAGCCGUGCUGACAGUCUGUUAGUAUGUUAUAAUGUUCAAAAUGUUUCAUCACAUGGCUAUGUACAAUGUGUUCAAGAAUUUUCGAUGCUAUGCAGGUUACAGAAAUGGGUCUGUAGUUUGAAGGAUCAGACUUUUUCCCUUUUUUGAGGCACACCACAUACAUUUGCCGAUUUCCAUCUACUGGGUACGGUACCACUUUCGAUAGAAUCUUGGAAGAUAUUAGUUAGGAUAGGAGCAAUCUCAGCUGCAUAUUCUUUAGAAACCACGGUGGAAUGGCAUCAGGUCCAGAAGCUUUAUUUGUCUUCAAUAGCGAUAACUGCUUUGCAACUCCAUUAAUGGUGAUAGACAGACUGUCAAUGGCUGGUAUUCUGUCGUAUCCAAUAUCAGGGAUGUUUGAUAAGUCUUCUUGAGUAAAGACACUUAAGAAUUGAUUGUUUAACAUGUCAGCCUUUGAUUUAUUAUCGCUGAUUAUGGAGCCAUUUAUUUCGAAAUCUGCAAUCCCCAGCUCUUCUUUAUUCAGUUGUUUGAUAUAUGACCAGAAUCGCUUAGGGUUUUCUUCAAUAGCUUCUCCUAAAUAAUCUGAAAUAUAUGCAUUCCUUGCCUCUUUAAGCCUUUUGUGCAUUAGUUUUCUAGCUACACGAAAUGCCUUCCAAUCAUUAUGUUUUCCGGAAGUUUUUGCUUUAUUAUAAAGCCUUUGUUUACGCCUGGCUAGACGUUUCAAGGACUGAUUGAACCACGGUAGAUUAUAUCUUGAGCUAGUCCACUUAGAGGGGAUGCAAGAAUCCACUAUACGGUGGAUGUUAUCUUCGAAGCAGCUCCAUUUAUCGUGGAUUGAAUUAAAGCCCCGAUUAUUCAUAUAAAAUGAUAGUUUUGUAAGUUCUUCUUUAAUGCGAGUAGAGUCGGCUUUUUUCCUAAUGGAUAGUUUUAGUUUGACAUUUUUCUUUCUUCGGCAAAAAGUGUUCACAGUGAAUAACACAAUGUCGUAAUCACUAAUAUCAGGGACGACGCUAACAUUUUCGAUGAUGUUGGAAUUAUCCCGUCUAGUUGGUUUUUUGACGUGUUGACUCAGAUCAUGAUCAUCAAUUAUUUCUAACAGUCUACAGAGGCAGGAGAUUGGCUUGAAUAUUCAGCAUCCCAACUAAUAUCAGGAGCAUUGAAAUCACCAGAAACAAUGACGUUAUUUUUGUACACGCUGUUCCCAAGUUUUAACAAUGAUACAUCUAGCUCAUCGAGGCUUGUGACGUUGGAGGAAUUUGGUCGGUAAUAUGAUCCAAAUAGCAGUGAUUUUGUUUUGUUGUCUGCUAGCUGACAUUGGGUCCAAAUAAUUUCGCAGUCGGUGUCCAGGUCUGAGCGAUAUGUUAUUAUAAUAUCGUUUUUCACUGCCUGGAAAACACCUCCGCCGUGGCAGUCAUCAGGAUGGUCUUUUCUAAAAAUUUUGCAGCCAUUUGGAAAUAUUUCGUUACUUUCGAUGUUCGAAGUUAACCAGGAUUCAGUACAUGUCUAUCACGCUAAGCAGAAGCAUAUAACCCCGGAGCGUCUAAAUUCCCCUUAUCUGUUAAGAACCAUGCUCGGGUUUUUUAGCCGACGUACCCGUCCAAUCAGAAGUACGGAAAAUUAUUUUGCCCAAAUAUGGAAUCAGAGAAUUCAAGGCUAAAACCUUUGAGCUUGUAACGCUUAUACUUGUAUGUCUACAGCCACAAAGUUAUAAGCGGUAUGGCUUGAAAACAUCGACCAGCGACGAAAUAAGACAUGGAUGUUUACAUUUCUUCACAAUAUCGCAAAACCUCUCGCCGAAUCACAGCAAAAUGCGCUUGCAGCCUCUUUGACCGACAAAGAUCAUCCUCAGGCUACUAGCUGCAAGCCUAUCUACCACGGCAAACCAGUUAUCUGCAACUUCUGUUCUCAUUCAGCAAAACCAGCAUGGCGACUACAAACAAAAUGAUAUGGCAAGCUUUGCUGAAACAUUGUACAAGGCGCCGACGAAGUCGGAACGGAAUCUUUUUUUGUGAGUGUAGAUCUUUUAAUUCAUUCAGAACAAUACGCGAACACAAGUAUGGCAGUUUUGAUUAAACGUGUGACAUGUAAAAGUUUUUUUUUUUUUCUUUUUGGGGACAAAAAAAAGUUUUAAGCUGCGAAAUUUACCUUCGAGGCCUUCGACCUUGUUUCUUUCAAGGCGGAGCGCUUGUCCUUUUCUGAACUGCGACCAAGUCAGCAGCCGUUUUACAGAAUAUUCACGUAAACUUACAUUUCACACAUUAUGCUCAAGGAAAGUACGAUAUUGAAAGGAAAUUUAUGUACUUAUAAAUGUUUCAUAGACGUUUGAUAUAUUUUUGAUAGAGUUUUCAAGAAAAAUUGAGAAAUGUGCCCGAUCUGAGAGAGAGAAUUUUAGUGUUUAUUUUUGCCGUGCUCAGCAGAUUUUACUUGUGGAAACGUAUCCUGAACUCACGGGUUUUCGAAUAAAAAUUUUCAAGAAACAAUUUGUCUGUUUAUUGUUUUCUGUUUGUUCAUUCAUAAAAUUAGUUGAAAACAUGAUCGCCGCAUCUAAGUCUUAAAAAUUAACUUGUGUUUCAUCUUUCUUAUUCAGUGUCUUAUUACAUGCAUCACUUCUCCGAAGAUGUACUUUCCAGUUCAGCAACUAGUGAAUUUUUUUGAAAAUAUGUGUUACUAGUUAUUUUAGAUAGAUAGUAAAUGGUUUUUGAAGGUUAUUUGCGCUAAUGGUCAGGCAAAAACCGUUUUUGAAGUAACAACUUCAAGAAAUCACUUCUCUUUUACCGGUAAUACGGCGCAUGUCAUUGGUAGUCGACUUCGUCUUGUUAGGAGGAACUAACUCGGUCUUGGUCAUUUGAGGAUUAAUUGUGUAUUCCGUUUUUUGUCAAAUAUUACCUCGUAAAACAGUAAAUGCUUUUUGCACCGCAUCAUUGACCUCGCGAUACAAGUUUUCCUAUAGAACACUCGCACGACAAUCUCGCUUAUCAGUAAUUCCAUAUUGGGAGGUAAAUUUUGAUUGGUUCCCUAAAAAACCCGAGCUUUGCGACAAAGUUAUACACUUCGGGGUUAUAUGCUUCUCCGCUAAGACAAGGCAAAUAUAGUUAUGAGGGCCGUUUUUAUUUCUACACUGAUCACUGGCUGAUUUUGGACUUACAUUUAUACCCUACCGUAGUAAAAUGGAGGAUAAGUUGUACACUUUAAGGUUUGGGCUCGACAGAGAUAAGGGAGCUUAAGCGACAACGUUUUUUAGCGACGGACGUCAACCGGAGUACACUUUUCGCUUCAUUGGGCAGUGGUUUGGUUGAGACUGUAGGGUAAAUUAUCUUUGUAAGAGAAAAUAAACUUAGCAAUACGAGUUAGAGUCAAGGCAUAUAAAAAGGGAGAAGGCCUCACUUCCGGUUGACGUGCGUCGAACAAAAAUUGGGAGCUUAAGCAACAGCGUUUUUCAGCGAAGCACGUCAACCGGAAGUGCAUGACUUAUUGCAUCAUUGGGCAGUGGUUUGUUUGAAACUCGUGGGUAAAUCGUCUUUAUAAGAGAAAAGAAACUUAGCAAUAAACUUUUGUUAGCGUCAAGGCAUAUAAAAAGAGAGAAAGCCUCACUUCCGGUUGACGUGCGUCGCUCAAAGACACAUUUAUGCAGUGAGACAACUCAAGACGUGCAAAGUUCCGUCGGCUGAUAUUGUUCAUAUCUACUGCGCGCUAAUUCGCUCUAUACUAGAGUACGCCUCCGCUGUCUUUGCUGACUUUCCUAAGUAUCUUGCUUUGCUAUCUUGAGAACGUGCAAAAAAGGGUCCUUUCCAUCAUUUGGCCAGGUAUUUCGUAUGAAACAGCACUUAACAAAGCUGCAUUAUCCACUCUUUCUGACCGUAGGGCAGUCUCGUGUAUUAAAUUUAUAGGUACGGUUCGGCCAGGUAACCCAUUAUACGCACUAAUACACAAAAGAUUGGUACCUAUAUCUACCAGUGUGUGUCUAAGAUCAGGGAGUUCUAACAGACCCAUGGCCACAAGGACUGAACGUUUCUCAAAUUUUGUUAGUGUUAAAUAUUAAUCUUGUCAAUAAAAGCGUAUUAGUAUAUAUAUCACAGCUUGUAAGGUAUGCUACAAUUUAGUCUUCCGACUGCAAAAGGGGCAAUAAAGCAGCGAUUUGUGAUUUGAUUUGAUUUGAUUUCAAAAACGUCUUUGCUGAAGUUCCCUAAUAUACUAAGCCAGGGCUAAAGGCGAAGCUCCCAUUAAUAAAUUUAUAAUUUAAAUCAAACAAUAAACUUGUAAUCCACAAAUCAGUUAACUUCGGGCACAUUCAUGUGACUUUUGAGGGAAAGGGCUAACUGAUUUUAAAGUGAAACAUCUUACAUAGAGUUGAUAGCCUUAUAUGUACGCCCCAAAAAUAGCAAACAUCUUCGAUCACAUUCAAGAUCACAGUAGAUUAGGCCUCGAAAACAAUUCUUGGAAAACAAAUCAGGCCGAAUUUUUUUUGCGUUCGACAGGUUUACUUUACAAAUUCUUGCCAACAAAUCUGGGGGUGUGUAAACCAACCUUUAAUACUUUUUAUACAUCACAUCUGAGGUGAAACAGUACUAUUUAUCAUACAGACCUCUGACAGAAUGCGGUAUUUCACAACUUUUCAAGACUUAUUCAACUCAGUCAAUAUUCAGGACGAUCAAUCGUGGGCUUUUAGCGAAACCGUUCAAAAAAAUUUCCAAAAUCACCCAUACGGCCAGCUGGUUCUCAUUUCUAGUGCAAGCUGUCAGUGUGGUCGGGUGUUUGAAUUAACUUUAAUAUAGUUACGCUUCAACAUAAUAAUGAAUUUAUUAUUAUUAUUUUUUGUUAUUUAAUGGUUUCAGUUAAAACGAUGUGUAAUCUUAUAUCAAGAGCGUUUGAUACACGCGACAUUUUUGAGUACCCCUGCAAGCGAUGUUCAUGAACGAUGAAAACAAACGGCACGGACAAGCGAUUAAAAUUGCAAGAGAGGCUACUAACAAUCAAUAAAAGAAAUAUAAUUCGGUGAAACAUUUACAGAGACAACAAUUUUCAUUCACUAAGACAAGUAUUAGAGUGUCUCUAAAAUCCUGAGUCUUUAAGCUUAAAGCUUAAGCUUAAGUUAAUUAAGCUUAUCAUUCAUUCAAAAUAUUUCCCCAAUUCUGAUUGGCUAAAAGCACACGCAUAAUUCACUAUAACCAGUUACUUAUGACCAAAUUUGGAAGAAUUUUGUGUUUAACGAGGAAAUGUCGUCAAAAAUGCAGCCCGCUACAGGUUAAGGCAUCGUUACCGAGAAGACCUGGCGACGAAGUUGAGUUGUUUUGGUUGUGUGGAAACAUAUGGCGGACAUUUCACUCGUUUCAAGAGUAAGAACUACAGCUGAGACUAGGCGAAAUAAUAGCUAAAAACAUGGCAAAAACAGCACGAAGACAACUCGGAGGGCCACAUCUGCUAUUUGGAGAAUACUUGCGGAGCUGAACAAACCUAAAAGUACACUAUCGAAGAUGAAUUUAACAUCGAUGCAGGUAAGCAUGUUUCAGCUACGUUUUUAAACUUGGAAUUAUUUUGAAUGAAUAAUAAAGCAAUUAAUUAUCCACCGAGGCAGAGGUGGAUAACACCCUCCUCGAUCUGCUUAAUUCUUCAUAUCCUACGAAAGCCGAAUUCAUUAACUACUAAUUAUGAUUUACUUUAAGCCGGCCUCCCAGUGUUGGCUUUUUUCAAAGAUGAACUCCUCGAAGCAAGAAAAUUGCUUAAAGUUUUCUUUCUACAGCCACAUUUAUAACUAAAUAUUCUUCGGAACGUUUUCUUUCUAUUUGCGGUGAGAAAAUAUAUCUGAAGGCCCUUUAAAGUUCUGUAAGCUUGUAUCAAACCUGAUACUAGGUCAGGUCAUUGACUCAAAUCUUACAAACGUGCAUAAACUUGCUGCAUAAACUCUGCUCGACCUCGUGAAAUUAGAUAUAACAAAAACAAACAUCAAAUACAAUAACUACUCAGGCUUACCGUUCGAGAUUCAGUUCCUGAAAGCUAUCAAGGAAGGCCACAGUUGCUUGAGACUUUUAAACCCUCUUACGCAUUAAGCAAGGUGAAAAGCAAAAACGAUGCCAUCUGGACUCAGAUUACGGAAUUUUGACAAGCGACGCAUUUCUCAACCAAAAACCCAAUAAACAAACCAGCCUUGCAUAACAGAAGACUCUUGAUAGCAGCUGUAUUUCAUUUUGUACAUCCAGUGGAAAAAGAUAGUUAAAAACGUCACGAGCUGACACAAAAGCUCUGGCAGCUUCAGCUGUCAAAGUAAACAACUUUCAAGAUGAUGCAUACAUUUUCCGCAUAAACUCACCUGUCAAAUUUUGACCAAUCACAGCAUAAAAGUUGGACGUAGAGCGGGACCAACGCGUGACCAUGGUAAGAAAAGGUCUUCCUCGCCUGUAUUUUUUAAAAAACUGGCUGAAUUUUUGCGUCCGAGGUCAGUUUGAAAUCAAAAUCUUAAUAGUGCAGGGCCAUAGCGACAUAAACACAACAUAUUUCAUAUGAAUCAUUGGAAAAAAUAAACUUGAGCCUACGAUCAUUUGAAACUGGUAAUUUGUCAGCGGAUGACUUCAAAAAAAUUUGAUCAUAACACUGAUGUGCAAUUAGUUUUCUCUUGGGUUCCCAAGCUAGCGAGAGUAAACAUUGGUUUGCCUGUGGUGGGGACGGACGGUCGCUCGCUCGGUCGGUGUACGGUCACGCGAUUACCAAAUUUUCUGGGAUGCGUAGAUUUACUUAGCUAUGGGGCUACGCUUGCGCGCAUUGCAAAGCGCAGCGCGUGGAGCUCCGCUAUUAAAGAGUGGAAUCCCGCUCUCUGGACAACCUCCUUAAAACAAACACCCACAUAUAAGAGUUUUUUAUCGGUUAAUACAGUGUUUAACCCUUGUACUGAAGCCCUUUAAUACAGUUUCGGCCUCACUAAACAAGUUUCACUUCCUUGGCGUUUUUGUUGAAGUCACUUUUUCCUCUUUGUCUGCUUUAGUAUUUACUUCAAUACAAGAUUUGUCCGUGACGUUUCAUCGUUGAGCCCGAUAAAUAUGGGCGACACCAUGGUAUGUCCCCUUGGCCGUCUGUAUUAACCAGGUUCCCGGUGACUGUUUUUAAGUACGAUCCGAUAUGUUUUAGUGACUACAAAUGUAACUCUGUAAAGCUUCAACAAACUCGCUUCAGAUUGAUGAAAUCUUAUGUUCGCUAGUUCUUAUCAUGGUUUUGUUUUUUUUUUUUUCGGUAGUUCAUUCGUAUUUCUGAUGACACUGAUGCUGAGGAUGUUCUGCGCCUUUUACAAGAGGAAUGGAAGUUAGAAUUACCCAAACUUGUCAUCUCUGUUGCCGGUGGAGGAAAAAACUUUGUCAUGCAUCCAAAAUUAAAGGAUUUGUUUCGACAGGGAUUGUUGAAGGUGCUUAAUUGUGUAAAGUCAAUCAUUGAUACACAUAAUCAUUGAUAGAAAUGACAUCAUAAAAUAGUCUUUAGAUUCAGACUGCUAUUCAUGUCUGAUGUUUACACUAUAGCCAGGGUUCUAUCUAGGGUAUUUGGGGGGUAGAAGCUUCCCGGCAAAAAAGCCCAGCUUCCCCGCCAAAAUAUUGUCAUCAUUACAAUAUAUAAGUAACUAUAUCUGAAAAAUCAUCCAGACGCGACGAGGUCAGUGCACACACAGUAACAUUUCUCAAAUAGUGUCUCAAAAUGCACCAGAUUGCAUCUCAGCGCAUAUUCAUUUCAAAACAUUUCCGGGGAGCAUGCACCCGGAUCCCCCUAGGACGCUCGUUGCCUUCGGCCUCUCAGGACGCUUCCCCCAAAGGAUAAAUCCUAGAUAGAACCCUGAUAGCGGAUUGUUAGUGUGAACACAGCCUUAACGAUAUCAGUCCAAAGAGUGCCUGGGAAACUUAAUAUUUUUAUCAUAUAACCAGCUCCCAGUUGGUUUGAUAGCUUAAUUGGUUAGAGUGCUGCACCGGUAACGCAUCCCGGGUUCCAAUCCUGGCAAGCCUCAACUUUUCCACCGUUUCUUCUCGCAACUGCAUAAGUUGCGUAUUUUACUGUGAUGAUCUCCUCUGAAUUAAUUUAAUAUACUCGAACCUUCCCUAGCCUGUUCCAGGCUCUCCGUUAGUGGGGAUGACGCGUAAGUAAAAGGCAAGCGAAAUCGUGAGCGCGUGAUCUGGGAAAAGGGGGCGGUGGCGAAAAAGAGGAAUGGAGAGAGAGGAAGUGAGUCCCAACUUUCCUUCCGUUCUAUUUUCGUAUUCGCGCUUUCUCAAUUUCUUGGACCCGACUACCUCGGAGCCUGGAACAGGCUAAACCUCCCCGAGCAACUAUUCAAAAUUAGAGAAUUUCUUGGUCUCUCAUGAAAAAGGCAGAGAAUUUAUUACAAACAAUUUACUUUUCGAAGUUGUCACAGAAAGUUCUUCGUGUACUCUGGGUGGCGUAGUACAUACAGUGGACAAAAAAACGCCGCAAAAUUCACCAAGUGGUCGCUUACAAGAGGUGAAAAACAAUGGAAAACUAUAAGACCGUCAGGCCAAAAAGUGGUCGAGGUGGCUUAUAGGAGGUGAUCGUUUACGAGAGUUCUAACUAUAGAGCUUUCACGCGGGGAAAACUUCGGUAUUUUGAACAGAUGGUCGCUUAUGGGAGGUGGGCACUUACGUCGCGAGAGGUGGUCGCACAUGGAGGUUCGACUGUAGCACAAAGAGGUUCUAGAUGAAACUGAUAAACAUCAUUAUUAAAGGGGCUGUGUCACGGCAGUCCAGUUCAUUUUGUUUAAUUUUGCCAAUUACUCGCCCUCAAUCGCUAUGGAAUUUAAAGAAAGCAAAGAAAUUACAGGUACAUGACAAAAUCAGAGAUCCGAGACAAACAAAUACGUCUCCUGAGCAUUAUUUGUGAAGUUGCAAGCAGCAGGGAUCAACUUUGAAAAACUGUUAGGCUGAACAGUUUUCCAAAACCCUACUUUCAAUCCGUUUCAAUCUUCUUCAGUUUUGCCCAUCCGUGGCAUCCGUUGUUUCUGUUAUGUUACUCUAACUGUCCUUUGAAGUUUUAAGCAGUUAUUUUUAUGUUUCUCUUAAUUUAACGGGCGUUUUGUAAUUUCCUAAUUUGGCUGGAUUUCGUGACACAGCUCCUUUAAAAUCAUGUGAACAUCCCAAGCCUUAAGUCUUUUCUUAAAUCUUUCAUGUGCAGAGCCCGGAUAGAUUAUGACGCUUUUCGAAACUUAUCGACAGCAGCCCAAUAUACACGUGAUUCACUCCAUGACUACACAAGGUCCCUUUCCUUAGCACCUGAAAGGAUCAGUUUGCCUUAAUCGUCACAAGACACCAUAAAAGGGUGAAAAAGUUCGUGACUUCGAACACAUGUACCCAAAGUAAAGAAAAAUAAGCGUAGAAAGGCUGCAUCCAUAAUAACCUCUUAAACUGUUAACCUCUUCUCAAAAUUUUUUGCACAGGCAGCCAAGACUACUGGUGCAUGGAUUAUAACGGGGGGAACAAACACUGGCGUAAUGAAACACGUAGGAGAAGCAGUAAAGGGACAUACUGUAAUGUCACGAGGGGCAAUGCUCACAGAUAAAACGCCUCAGGUGCACUUGAUCGGAAUCCCUCCAUGGGGCAUUGUGGAGCACAGGUCCGAGUUGACUGGAAAGGUAAGAAGCAUUUUAAGAGACACUGAGUAGCGCACACGAGGAAGAUAUCAUGUUCGCCUGUCUCUUGAACGUGGAACAACGACAAGAAAUCUUUAAACAGGAAACACACUUUACAAUAGUGAGGUUCUGAGAGGCCCUCUGAAAGGAAAAGAAAAAGAGUUAAAUAAAUAAAUAAAUAAAUAAUGGUAAUAAAAGGAACAAGUGGGAAACUAAAAACAUAAAUUGAAGCUAGCUGGUUUAAACUAAAGUGCAAGCAUGCAUGACCGCAUUCGAAAACUAUUUCAAACGUCAACGCAACCUUUUCUUAGGAACGGUAUGUCUUUAACGUACUGUUAUGAGCAAAGCAAACGAGAGUCAGUUGGCAGCUAUGUCAAAGCCAAGGGUUCCCAGAAGCAGCCAAACGGCAGCAAAAACAAACAAGGAGAGAAACGUUUCCCUACCAGAAUUAAGACGACUGGCAAUGAGAGGUACAAAGACUUUGGUACCCAACACAAACGAAACGAAUCCCCGGCAUACAACCGAAAAUACGGUCACAAAUGGCAUCAUUUUGAAGCGUGUGUAUGGCCAAACACUUACAAGAAAGCCACGAUAGCUCAGUUUCUCAAACUCUCAUUUCGUAUAUAGAGUCCUUUGGUAAUCGAUUGUUUGCAACGCUCAGCUUCUUUUGUGAACACAAUAAUCUAAAAACUAUGCUUCAAUGUCAGCUAGACACAGCUGCGACCUGUCAUGUACUCAAUUAUAGAGACUUGUCGAUUAUCAAGCAAGAAGGCAACCCUCCCAUGGAAAGAGGCAAAACCUAGCUUAAGUUAUUUCACGGAUGCCUGAAGCCUCUUGACGAGGUCCUUCUGCAAGUCUUUUCCCAAGUGUCAAGUCUCUAGCGAAACAAAUAAGACUUUACUGUCUGCAGAAACCUUUCAAAAAUUGAAACUUCUCAAGUUACCAUCUCAGGCUGAAGUUCUUGUCUUGUAUGACAAAACAGCUCCCUUGACAGUUCAAAGCAUACGGCUGAAAGAUUAUUGGCGAUUUCUUCAAAGGUCUUGAACGUAUUGGUUCAGGUUCAGCUCUGUACUUGAUCUCUCAACAGUUCCAGCACGGCACACCUCUAGACGUAGCCCUAAAGAGUAAAUGAAAGCAAAGCUCAUAGAUCUAGAAAGAAACCUAAAGGUACAGAAUGGAUCAGCAAUGUGAUAGUGCUAACCAAGCCCGGUAAAAUCCGAAUAUGCUUAGACCCUCAAGAACUGAACAAGGUAAUUCAGCGUCCUAAAUUCCUAAUUCCUGCACUUGAGGAACUGUUACCUAUUGUAAGCUGUCCAAAGACAGGAUCUCCAGAACGCAAAACUAGAAAGAUGGCUUUUACCAAGUUAGUCUUUACUAAGCCAUCAGCAAAUUAACAAAGUUUUGCAUGCCAUUUUUCGCUAUCGCUACCUCCGCAUGCCCUUUGGAAGCUUUGCUUCAGAGUAAUGUAGAAAGUAACCUACAAGAGAAAAGUUUAGAGACAACAUCAUAGUUAUGGGAUUUGGCGAAAGGGAAGAGCAGGCAGUCCUAAAACCAGAUCCUGAUAACGUGAAAGUUGUAGAGGAAAUGCCCCAGCCAAAGUGCCAGCAGGAAGCUCUAACUCUCCUUGGUUUCAUCAAUUAACUCUCAUGGUUUCCCAGACUUGCGUAAGUAUAGCACAGCCUCUAAGACUUAACGACUAAAGACAACAAGUUCACAUGGUCUUAAUAGCAUAAAGUAGCUUUUCAGAAAAUUAAGAAGCUUGUGGUCAACCACCCCAUACUCAAGUACUAAUUGCAAUGAAGAUGUCAUCUUCCAGUGCAAUGCCAGUGAAAGAGGAUUAGGCGCAGCUCUUCCAUAGACCGGUCAGCCGGUAGCGUUUGCUUCAAAGAAUUACACAUCAACAUAGGGAAGAUACGCUUAAGGAAAAAGAAUGCCUUGCAAUCGAGUUGGCAAUUGCAGAGUUGUUGUUAAACCUAUUGCGUUUUGACGUUCUCGUUGCCGUGGCAGCCGCCACAUCUUAACUCCCAAAUAAAAGUGGAUAGCGUCCUCAAAACAGACCCACAAUGCAAUUCGGGAGAAAACCAACCAUAAAGGCCCAAGUCCCCACCUCAAAAUAACCAAUCAAAGGCUCUUGCCUCGAAACUAUCCACAUAGUUGACAAGAAUAGUGCAUACCACUAUCCGUAGGCGACCACUUUGCAAAUAACCUCAUUCUUCGCAGUCAAAUACCGUUUAAGGUAAUUCCCUUGUUUGGCACUGCGCACACUCUACUGCGCAUAAUAUUGCGACUUCCAACAUGGCGGCGGUUCUUCCCGCUAGCCCAAAAAGAACAAAUAGGGACCGCAUUUGCAGAGCUUAAGGUUUUAUUCACAAUAAUAAUGUUGCAGAUCGGCUGACAGCUUCCUGGUCUGCUAUCGAAAAACAAGAAAAUGAAAAAAAUGUGCGUGAUCCCGAAGUCUGCAGUGGCUUUCAGCCGUCGAGUUGUGGAAUUAAAAUAUAGAUAUCCUGGUUGAGGCUUUGGAUGGGGGCUGUAAAGCCUGUGGGGCAGCUAUACGGCUCUCCAACUGCAUUAACGAGACAGUGUCUGGCCUAGGAUCGCUACUGUACAUAUGUGGUUCAAACUCCGAGAGUGGAGAGACGAAUAUAUUUGUGGAACAAAUAAGACCCACCGGUAACACCGGAACCACGCGUCUUUGAUGAAAACUGACGAAGUUUGCUGUUGAAUUCACAUUUUACUGUAUAUAGAAACCAAACAAGAGAACAUAUGAAGACUAGGAAUCAAUUGUCUUUUCUUCAGGAUUAUUGCGUAAAAGAAAAAACAAACGGACUCUAGCUCACUGCAACACAGAACGCCAACGCUACAAAAUAGUCCAAAAUAAAGGUUCAUAGCUCCAAAAUCUCAUCAAACCUUGAUUUACCUCAUUCCUUGGUAUAUGUUGUACUCUUUCUGUGCUGGCGAUAUCGAGCCCAUAAAAAGAAUCGAAAACAAGCUUGAUCUCGACUGCAUACUUCGAACACGAUGGGCGCUAUUUUGUAUCUCCUGCCAGUCCCCACCACACAAAUUCUAUAUCCUGACUGCGAUGUCAAAACCAUGUCCACCUUUCACGAAAGUUUGUGAGGAAACAAGCAACCGGUAAUAAUACCCCAGUUUAAGAGUCUGCUGACGCGUAAAUAAGCACUGUAACUCCAUAUUUUUAUUGCAUUUUUUUACUGUUCAUGUCAUGAAUGUUGAUUAUUCCAAGUUUCAAAAAAAGGUUGAUGGUAGAACAAUUUCAAGGGAAUUACCUUAAAAACUUUCCAAUCCCCAAAUUUCAUAAGCAAGCGGUUUCCCUGUUUCUGGAGGGAAUUCUGUUUUUCACUUAGGUAUACAAAAUUGUAAUUGUAAUUAUAGUACAAAUUAGCGUGGUGUUGUUUAUCAAA